AUGCGGCGGAAUGCCGGCAAACGAGUUUUCUAUCCGUCCCUCUCUUCUCUACGUAAAGGGUUUAAGAACUCCGACACACCAUGCUGGGCCAGUGGUGAUAGUAAGUUCUAUGACUUAACUUGCUCAAGGCACGGGUAUAGUGACUCUUCCAAGAUGCAAAUCCGCCCCGAGAGGGAAUCCGGAAAUAUAGCAGUUGAACGUACUAACCACUAA